GAGAGAGAGAGAGAGAGAGAGAGAGAGACUCACGAUCCUUGGCUUCAGCUUCAGCCAUUAGAGCUUCAGGAUCGUGACACGAGAGAGAUCAUCCAGCACACGCGAAUCAUCAUUUCAUCACAGAUAUGGGUUUCCAUCGGUCUGUCGGGUGGACGACGAGAUCGGCUGAUUUCUGCACGGAUAACUUCCAUCUGUGUCCAGCAUCUUUCUGAAGUGUUUCAGGGAGAGUUUCAGAGCUUUGCAUUGGAAGAACUGUCCAAUUAAAACAUCAACGAUGGAUCUUAAAGUGGAACCUAUGGACAUUGAUUACGACCAGCCGCCUCCCCUGCAAGUGUUCGCUCACACCUCGACUCUGCACGGCAUCUCUCACAUCUUCUCUUAUGAGAAGAUCACGGCCAAAUGCUGCCUCUGGGUGGUGUUUUUCCUCAGCUCUUUGACCUUUCUCAUGUACGUCUGCGUCGACCGGAUUCAGUUCUACCUGGAAUACCCUCACGUCACCAAGCUUGACGAGAUCACGACGCCCGUCAUGGUCUUCCCCGCAGUGACGAUUUGCAAUCUCAACUCCAUCCGCUUCAGCAGGAUCUCACGCAAUGACCUGUACCACGCGGGAGAGUUGCUGGCGCUGCUGAACUCAAGACAUGAGAUUCGGGACUCUCACCUGGUUGAAGAAAGCGUGAUGGAGGUUCUCAAGAGCAAAGCGGACUUUCGCCUAUUCAAGCCACGACACUUCAACAUGUGGGAGUUUUAUAAUAGAACAGGACACGACAUUAAAGACAUGCUGCUGUCCUGCCAGUUCCGAGGCUCGCCGUGCCGACCCGAAGACUUCAGCGUGGUGUUCACGCGUUACGGGAAGUGUUACAGCUUUAACUCUGGUGACACCGGCCCACCGCAGAUCAGCGUGAAGGGAGGGAUGGGAAACGGCCUGGAGAUCAUGUUGGACAUUCAGCAGGAUGAAUAUUUACCUGUGUGGGGAGAGACAAAUGAGUCGUCAUUUGAGGCGGGAAUCAAAGUUCAGAUUCACAGUCAGGACGAGCCUCCGUUUAUAGAUCAGCUGGGCUUCGGAGUUGCUCCAGGAUUCCAGACGUUCGUUUCCUGCCAAGAGCAGCGACUGAUGUACCUUCCUGCUCCGUGGGGGAGCUGCAAGUCGUCCCCGCCAAGCUCGGAUUAUUUCAAAGCGUACAGCAUCAGCGCCUGUCGAACAGACUGUGAGACGCGCUACCUGGUGGAAAACUGCAACUGCCGUAUGGUGCAUAUGCCCGGUGAUGCGCCUUACUGCACCCCUGUGCUAUAUAAAGAAUGUGGACAUCCAGCACUUGAUUUCCUUGUGGAGACAGACAGCGACUACUGCUCAUGCGAGACACCGUGCAACAUCACACGCUACAGUAAAGAGCUGUCCUUCGUCAAGAUCCCCAGCAAAGCGUCCGUCAAAUACCUCGCAAAGAAGUACAGCAAAUCUGAGAAGUACAUAACUGAGAAUGUCCUGGUGCUGGACGUGUUCUUUGAGGCUCUGAACUAUGAAACCAUCGAGCAGAGGAAAGCCUAUGAGGUGGCUGGUCUGUUGGGUGAUAUCGGAGGACAGAUGGGGCUUUUCAUUGGAGCCAGUAUUCUUACGAUUCUGGAGCUUUUUGACUAUCUUUAUGAGGUAAUGAAAUACAGGUUGUGCCGCUGCUCCGACAAGAAACAUCACAACAACAACAACACGGAUCACGGCACUGUACUCAGCCUGGACGACGUCAAAUGCCAUGUCAGUAAAUUCCGUUAACAUUCCCGCAAUAUUCCAGCUGUUUGCCUGCCAGUCAUAUUGCGAUUAUGUUCCACAUUUUAGCAGAUGGCAUCGCGACACCAGCACGGUUGUUUUCUACAGAUUGUUCUGGCAUCUUGUGGUUGUACUCUCUCUUUCUCUCUUAUGCCUAUGAAUGAAAAUUUUCUAGUAUUUUUCCAAAACUGUUUUGUGGUUUUCUGAACAAGCCGAUUUUGAUUUUGUCUCUAUACGACAGGAAUGUCAAAAGUUAAAUAUGAAUUAAACGGCUGGAUCUUUGUGUGCCUGGCCUUUUGCAACAGAAAUGCGUCUAGCUUGAGGGGAUACUGUGUCAUGUUUGAUUAAUUCUGUGUAUCUUAAUAGCUAUGGCUGUAAAUGCAUUGUGACAGACAGGGUGUUGAAAGAGGGAACACCAGUUUGAAGACCUGUAGUUGCUACUUGCUCUGAUAUGAGCAUGAUAUCAUCGGCCCAUGUCGGAUCAGAGAGACUAACCCUAGAUAUUUCCAGGGGGUGCAUGUGAGCUUGUUUGCAGUGUCACGUUUGUUAAGGGAGCUGGAGUGUGUGCGCAUGUCUGUAAAUGUGUCUGUUAACGUUGUGUGCCAUUGCUCUGCGUGUGUGUGUUUGUGCAAGCUUGACUGCAAGUGCAUGGAUGAGUUUGUUUGUUUGUUAGGUUCACACAGAACGAGUUUUUGCUGUUAAAUUUGAACGAAAAAGAGUGCAGGGUGUUUUUUAGAGACACUACAGACGCGAGCGCAACGGUUAAAGACGUCAGUCUAGCACGAGUUUGCAUUAAAAAACAAUGUAAAAGUAGCGCAGUGGAAUGGAAAAACGUGUUCUGUGUGAACGGCUGUCUUUCCGCAUGUUAUAUUACGUGUGAUUCUUUCUAGAAUGGAUGACGAAAAGUUGGAGCAACAGGGUGUCAGGAAUUUUUUAAAAGGAAAUCAAGUAUUUUUAAGUCUCUGACGCAUUAGGUAGAUGUGUCAAAUGUGAGCAGAUAGAAUUCAGUGAUUUGUUGUGCAAUAUGGUAGAUUAUGACUAUUUUUUCACGUCGGGUUUACAUUUGAGACACUAUAUUAAUCUCAUAUACAGCAGACAUCUGUGGUGUCUUUUCAGAAAAACCACACCAUCAAUUUUCAGUAUUUCCUUGAAAAGGUGGAAAACGGUAUUAAUAUGUAAAUCAGACUUUUCCAGCUGAUUCAUUUCUGUAUUAUUUUGAUGUUUAUCAUGUGGCUGUAAUAAAAUGUUUGUUUGUUUUUAUGAAUAAACAUGCAUAAAAUGAU